AUGCCACCGAAGGAAUCUUCCAACUCGCAACAGCAGGGUCAAGGGCAAAAUGCCUCUACGACUGGUCAUCAAACCUUUGGCGCCAAUGUUGUACCUUCAGGAUCUCAGGGUCAGCCGUUCCGCGGUGGUAAGCAGCAGGAUAAUGAAUCAGGAAGGGGAACGCCUCCUCCCUCAAGCGCCGCCGGUGAGAUGACGGAAGAAGAGAUAUUGCAGUUGCGCAAAGAACAUGAUAUUUUGCGCGAAAAAUAUCAAAAGGUCAAGCGCUACUUCUUUGACCAGCAAUCACAGGUCCAUCAGCUUCAAAACACAAUUGCUCAUCAACGUCUUUCUCAAUCCCGCACCUCCCUCGACGACAGCGAGUAUUCGUCUCGCUUCAAUCGAUUGGAUGGUUUGAUAUCGCAACUCGCAUUCGUAAUUCGCAAGGAUUGGAAGAGCAUUCCCGAAUGGCUGCAUCGGGCCGUCAACCGCGAUGCCGUGACCAUUGGCAAGCAGGAAAUGACCGCCGUCGGCCGUGCCUUCAUCAGCAAUUGGCUCGUGGACGAGAUUUUUAACAAAUACUUCCACCCGGAUCUCGAGACCAACCUGUCCAUGCAGUUGAAGAUAAUCAACACCAACAUUCGGAAAUCCGCGCCACUGGCUCAGACGAGUGAUGAGGAGGAAGCUCUCACGGCAAAGGUCGUCAACUGGCGCCUAGCAACCCUUGACGGGCUGGGUGAACACCUGCGCGCCCCGCAGGCACACACGAACCGCGAGAGCCUCAUCGCCAUACUCAACGAGAAGUUGAUAGGCACCCUGCAGAUGUACCUUAAGGAGCCCGCACCUCCAGACCUGCAGAGCAACGUGCCGAUGAUCAUCGAACUCGCCAUCAACAUCGCGGCGCACCUCCCGCUCGAGAGCCGCGACGUAUGCAUCGAGUACUACCCACCAGGCCAUGGCAUCAUGGGCGAGCAGAUGAAGAUCGAAAGCGGGGUGCCAGCGCUAGUAGCGCCACUAGCCGAAGGCCUAUUUGGUGGACCUGGCAAAGACGAUGCGGCAAGCGUGGCCAGCGCGACGAGUUUUGGUGGUGACGGUGGCAACGGCGCCAACAAGUCGCAGAGCGCGCCCCAGCAGGAGACGAAGCGCUCGACUGGCCGGAACAUGUUCUCGGGCUUGAUGGGCGGGAAGCCGAAGGCGGCGACGGUGCCGCUGCAGCAGCAGCUUGGUGGAGGGAAAGCGGGCGGCGCUGGCGGCAGCCAGGUCAGCCUCUCGACGCCGGGCAGUGCGGGCGGGCCGGCGAAGGAAGAGCAGCCCCCGAGGGUGCGUAUUGCGGCGGGUGUGAGCGUCCGGAUUUGGGGCCGGAGCGUGCUGGUGAAGGCACCGGUGUUCCCGACGUCCUGA